AGACGCCUCUGCUAAGACAUAAAACUAUUCAUCAACAUUACUAUACAACAUGUAUUAAUGAUAUUUACCAAUUUUCGCACUAUCAGGCCUUCGGACUAAAGGGUACUCAUAAUAUAAACGUGUUAGAAAUACCUGUAGCACGUGCGCGCAUGCACAAACACACCUUUAUUCGUAUAGCUGAGAAGCCACCUAUUCAUCAGUAGUAAUCACUCUCAGUGCAUACAAAGCCUUGUCACUUCAGCCACUGUUUUGGAUAUUGUGGACAUGGAAAUGGAUGUGACUUUGUGAUGUUUCUCGUCAGUUUUCUCCCAAAAUUAUUGAUAGUUUGACAUAAAACAUAGGUACAGGAUAACACACGUGCAGGUGACUGAGAAAUACUAGCCUGAGAGAUGAGAAAUAUGAUGAUGAACCAUGAUAUCAAGGUCAAGGACACUUUUUUUCUACAGACACUUCAGCAGCUGUAUAAUACAAGGGAGAACGGAGGGCCGCCGGGGAUGGAAGCCACCGGUCAUCUCCCGGUCAGUCCGCUCGGGACACCAACACCGCCGGACCAUCACCAUCAUCACCACUAUCCACACCAUCCACUCCCGUCACCGAUUCCACGACACGGAAACACAGACCUUGUCUCGGGGGUGGACGUCCCAUUAACAGACACCCCUCCACAGAUCUCUGACCCAGGAGGUGGGCCAAACACCAAGAUGACCAACAAAAAAAUAAAAACUGAAACCAUGCCAAAACAGAAUGGGUCAACGGGUCACCCUGGGUCAACAGGUCAACUCUCACCAAAGGACAUGUCAUCGCUAGUGCACCCUGACCGACGUCAUCUGUGUCCUCAUUGUUACAAGGGGUUUAAGAGUCGUCAGCAGUUGACACAGCAUAAUCUAGUCCACACCAAUGUACGAAAAUAUCACUGUAAAUUCUGUGAGAGAUCCUUCAAGCAGCUGUCGCAUCUUCAUCAGCACCAUCGGAUUCAUACAGGUGAGAAGCCAUACAGGUGUCCGCUGGAAGGAUGUGACCGGGCGUUUCCACAAUUGUCCAAUCUACAACACCAUAUAAGGAAUCAUGACAAGUUAGUGGACAGUCAGUUCCAGUGUCACUUGUGUGACCGCGCCUACCCUAACGAGGCUACACUCAAGGCUCACAACACACGGACACAUCUGCAUUCCAAGCCCCUGGACCUGACCCAACAGCAGCUACAGCAACAGCAACAUGAUCACCCUGGUCCCACGGAGUCUCCCUCCCCAAUCCCCCAGAGCAGCCCGACUUCGCCCUCACACCAAAACCUGACGGGGCAGGUGAAACCGAGGAAAAGGAAAGCUUCACGUCCUCAACACUUGUACAUGCCUCCAACCAUGGUCCCCAUUUCCACUCCCCUUACUCCAGAGGAGGAGAACUCGGCAGAACAGAAAGAAUUGGAUCAAUACCAGGAGAGGUUUCCAAGGGACACCUCACAAGAUUCCUCCACUCAUAGUUGUUUUGGUGAAUCUCAAAAUGGCAUUCAUAAAAGCAUUCCACUUUCUAGGGUGAACCUGCCUAACUUUGACAGGACAGAUCUGAAAAUGCCUAAUUUUAGUCAGUCAGACAAAUUGCCUAACUUUAGUCAGUCAGACAAAAUGCCUAACUUCAGUCAGGCAGACAAAUUGCCUAACUUUAGUCAGUCAGACAAAAUGCCUAACUUCAGUCAGGCAGACAAAUUGCCUAACUUUAGUCAGUCAGACAAAAUGCCUAACUUCAGUCAGUCAGAGAAGAUGCAAAACUACAGUGAGUCAGACAAGGUGCCAAAGUUUGGUGAAUCUGAUAAAAUGCCAAACUUUAGUCAGUCAGAUGGCAAGAUGUCCUCAAACGGUCAAUCUGAAGAUAAGAUUGUGAAUCAUAGCCAGUCAGCUGGCAAGGUUUUAGAGAUUAGCCAAUCAGAGGGCAGAAACUCUCCAUUCAGCCAAUCACUAGGCAAGAUUCCAAAUUGUCAUCACCAAUCGGAGGACAGGAUUUCCAAUUACAACCAUUGGGAUGCUAGAAAUAUUGAUGAUGAGAAUCACGAUGAUCGUUCAUUACGUUACAGUAGAAUGCAUCAACAGACAGCCAGAGGAAUAGACAUGAACGUGUUCGCACUAUCGAAGUCUCUUUCCACUGGAGCAGCCAUUGUCAGACCCCCAAUGCACAUGAACACGAUGAUGAAAUCGUCACAUGAUCAUCUUCUUCCAUUGUCGAGAAACAAUUUCGAUGUUGCAGCAUUUUCACGCCAACAGAAAUCGGACCAGCUACAGAGACAUAUACAUAGCCCUAGUCCUUAUAUAAUGUCGCGGCGUGAUCCCUCCCACAAGGGAAUGUACUCCAGUGGCUGGUCUGUACCUCUCAAGUCAUCAGCCCUGGGGGUGGGGAUAGACCGCUCAGAGGAAACGCAUUCAGAUCGCUCCGCAAGUCAGUCACCCAAUCUGCAGGGAUCUCACUUUUCAUUGGACAACUUUGACGAACCAAUGAACUGAAGGGAUACAGAUUGGGUUUGGAUGUAUCUUUGACAGGCCAUAUAAUGGUAAUUAUAACAGAACAUUAACCAUGAAAUGGUUGUAAAAUUAUGUAAUCUAUAAUGUCUGAUCCAAAGACAAAAAGGUUUUGGAAGUUACACAAAACUCUGUAGAUAUGUGCCAUGUGAUGGCGUGACAAUUUAUUGUUUUGUCUGUUUAUGUCGGAGUUAUCUCCCUUUGUGUUACAUUAAAGGGAGAUAAUUAUUACCUAUUGAACUUGUGUAAUAAAUACGGAAGCAUUUAACCUUCAGGGUAUGUCUUUACCCAGACCAGUAAGUAGAAUGACAUCUUUUUUGUAUAACAUGCUUUGAAUUACAUUUUUAUUUAAAGUACUGGGGUUGCAUAUUGAUACAUUCGCCAACUUUGAAUUAGGUCAUUAUUAAGAGUAUUGGAGUAUUGUCUUGAUAUAGUCACCAAAUUCACCAAAAUUCUUGUCAUCUUCCCUGGAGGAUUUUGUAUAGCCAUCUGCACUGUACUCAAGUAGACUACAGAAAAAAAUUCUGGUAGCUUACGUGAAGUACUUGUUUAUGAUCGAAUGAAUUCAAUGAAAUUUACAUUAAAGCAAAAUAUUUGCUUUAGAAUAUUAGUUUUAAUAAAUGUUAAUAAACCAGAAACAAAAGUCACAUAACAUUUAUUAGUAAGGUUAAAAGUAUUUAAAUUCCAAGCUUACUUAUUUUUUUGAAAAGUCAGCUCAAAGUAAAAUGAUUACAUUUAACAAGCUACAAAAUGUACGUAUUUACCGCAUUUGGUUUGGGUCAGUAAGGAUAUUUCUAUUUUAACCUAGAUCCCAGAACAUUGUCAAACUGGGCGGUCUAGUAACAUAGCACAUUCAUAUUUCAUCAACACAAAUCAGAAGCGAUAAGGUAUAUAUGUAUCACCUGUUGAAAUACAUGUAUAUGGGUUUUCUCUGGGUACUCUGGAGCUGGUCUACCGACAUCAAAACACCCUAUAAAUAAACAAACAAUAGUGAUGGAAAAUAAAUGUUCAUGAGUGUUCGAAAAAGAUUGGACGACACAAGGCGAAUCUAGAUAUUGAUACUGACAGGGGCGUUAAUGUUGUUACUGGUUACCUGACAUUGUUGAACCAGUUAGGAUGUUUUGUUAUCAGAGUUUUUUCCUUGAUAUAUAUCACCUAAAUCCACUGUCACAGACAACAGACUUGGAAUCAUCUCAUUUAAAUUUUAGAUUUUUGUCAAAUUUUAUUAAACUUUUUUAAAAAUUUCAAAUAAAAGAUAUGCACGAAAAACACAUAUCCUGUCUCCUUGAAGCCGUCAUGUCAUUUUUAUGGGACUGAAUAAAAUUUGAAUUUGUAAUUUAAUUACACAGUCAUCAUUUGGAUAUUUAAUAAAAAAAAAAAAAUCGGAAAUGUCGAAAAAUUUCAAAUGAAUUAAUUGAAAACGUAGUCAGGAGGUCUGGCCAGGGUGUUGUAUUAAAGAUUGUGAUAAAUAUGAUGUCAAGUGAGUUGAUGUACAGUGUUAUUUCGUCGUUUUGUUGAUAUUGUUGUUUAUGACUAUUGCCUUAUUAGUAUCUGUUAGGCCAAGUAUUUUUAAACUCUGUUUUCUCUUAGAAAACUUGACAUGUUAUUUAGAAAAUAAUUCCCCAAUAAAAUGCUCCCUCUGAGAGGAGUAGGUAAAAAGUUAACCGGGGUAUCCCUGAAUAAAUAACAAAUGGCUAAUUGAUAACAGUUUGAUAAGAACUAUUGAAGAAUCUCUGAUUUCUAUAGGAAAAGUCUAACUUUUUCACUCUAAACAAUAUGUUGACUUUGAUUGGUAACUGACAGGUCAAAUAUAUUUCAAAGUGUCUGUUUCUGUCAGAAUUCUUUGUAUUUUUCUGUACACUCAAAUAACUGAAACGAUAAGUGGUCAUGUGACUCACUUAGCCAAUGGGCUAUAAGAAGAAUGUUGGUCAUGUGAUCACCUCAACCAAUAAACUGUCAGGGCUCAGAAAAAUGUUGAAUA